AUGAAGAAGAAAGAAGCAAAGAGAAAAUGGGGGGAAAAAGUAGGAAUAUUCGAAUUUAGCAAUCAAGAAGUGAAGAAGAAUAUGAAAAUGUUUAGGCUUGAGCUUGGUCGUUGGGAUCACUAUCUUGAAAUUCCUGCGAAAUUUGAAGAUCAUCUGAAGGAGGCCUUGAAUGGGAUCCAGAAAAUGUAUAAUCUGAAGAAGUUGAAAGAGACUCUGGAAGAGUCUGAUCAAUUUAAUGAUCAUACCAAAGGCGAUUGUGAAUGGAUGAACAAGUUGAAUGUGAAGUGGAAAGACUGUGAUCGAUCCGUUCUUAGCAUUGUUCUUGAUGAUGUAGAAGAUAAAGAAGUGAUGAAAAAUGAUGUAAAUGAGAAGCAGAAAAGGACUAAUCAGUUGGAUGAAAAAUCUGAGGCCUUAGAAGAACAGAUAUACAAUCAAAAGGAACAAAUGAAAUCACAACUUGUAAAGCUCAGAGCAAUGGUGAGAAGGAAUCAAACUGAGGGCAGAGUCAAGGAUUCGAAGGAGACGACGACUGAGGAAGAAGAGGAACUAACAAUGGUAGGUGGUGUUGCAUCAAGGGAUAAGUUGCCAGAUACAGAAAUGGACUGA